AUGUUAUUUUUGUUAAUCUUAGAUUAUACAUAUUUGGAAGAUGUUGCAAGACAAACUGAUAAUUUUACAAGGGAAAGAGUGAAUACAGUAAAGGAAUUAAAGAAUAGAGGUGCACAAGCGAGAGCCAAAAUAUUAUAUACUGUAGCCAAUGAAUUAGGAAUCCGUUAUUCUGCUCUACCCAUGGGUAUGAGUCGAAAUAAAUUAAACCAGAGUAAUUAUAGUAAAAAGUUUCCAAAUAAUAAGCCCUUUUAUGCCUUUUUUGAAAAUUUAUUAUUAUCAGAAAAACCUUUUGGUAAAAGUGCUUAUGGAAUUAUCCGACAUCAACUUAGAGAAUUUGUGGAUGCUGGCAUAGAACAAUUCAUGAUUGCGUUAAAAAAGGAAAAGGCACCGCGAGGUCAUUUUGUGAAUGUGACAGAUAUGUUACACUUGACAUUUAAAGAUGUACUUAAAGGAGAACAAAUCAUUGAAUAUCCUAUUUUUUAUAUUUGGCUUAAACAAGAAGAACAACCUUCUGAUAUUUUAGUAUUAGAAGAUAAGAAAGUCUUGAUUACUGAGAUUCAGCCUAAAGAAGAAGAACAGAAAGAGACCUCAACAGUUGAUAACCGAGAAAAAGAAAAAGAACAGGAAGAGAUGACAGCAGUUGAUAACCAAGAAAAAGAAGAAGUAAUGAAAACUGAAGACAUAAUUACAGUCAUUCAUGAUAACAGUAGUAUAACAGAGUAA